AUGGACAUUAAGGAAAUCAAGUCUAACAUAUAUGACAUGUUCCCACAACACAUACACCAUGGAAACUUAUCUUGUAGCAUUCCUAGAGAUCUAAAAGUACUCGACCACUUGUCUCCCAAACAACCCGCUCCCAAACCUGCCGCACAACCCUUAGAUGCAGCGGCUGCCGCCAAAGAUGAAGUCGCCGCCCGUGCGGCCGAAACCCUAUGGAACCAGCUAGAUGCUGUGGUUCUCCAGUGGAUCUAUGCCACCAUCUCUGCUCCUCUUCUUCACAUAAUAUUGCAAACAGGUCAAACCGCUCAUGAUGCUUGGUCAGCCGUUGAAAGCGAAUUUAAUGAUAAAAAAAAUACUCGUGCCAUCUUCCUCGGCCAAGAGUUUGCUAACCUGUCACUCGAAAAUUUCUCCAGCAUGGCUGAUUAUUGUCAGCAUGCGAAGCAUAUUGCCAAACAACUCAAGAGUGUCGGGUCUCCGGUUGAUGACCGGAUAUUGGUCAAGGUCCUCACCGGUCUUACUGAGCAAUACGAUAGCAUCUCCACUGUACUUUAA